AUGGGAAUCGUUCUCUCAUACCUAUCCUGGAACUCCUUCUCUGCAUUACCCCAAAACACUAUUAUCAUCAUCUGUGAGAGCGAGCCAACCCAGCUGAGGGAAUUUGGAUCCCAAUGGGAAACAGUUUGGGAAGCAAAAAGAAAGCAAAGGUUAUGCAAAUUAGUGGGGAGACAUUGAAGUUGAAGACGCCUGUCCAAGCUGGUCAGGUAAUGAAGAACUACCCUGGUCACGUUUUGCUUAAAUCCCAAGAGGUAAAGCAUUUAGGGAUACGAGCAAGGCCUUUGGAGCCACACCAACACCUUGAGGCCAAGGGAGUCUACUUCCUUGUGGAGUUGCCAAAGGCAGCUGCAGCUCAUAGUUUUAGUGACAAAGUUCCGAGGAGAGUCCGGUCCGGAAUAAACAUGACUGCCAAGGACAGGCUUGAGAGUUUAAUGCUGUCUCGGAGGUCGGUUUCCGACCUCUCCAUGAUGAGAUCGAUACCCGAGAAAUCUCAUCAAGAUGGGCCGGUGAGGGUGAGGAUGAGGCUUCCCAAGGCUCAAGUUGAGAUGCUGAUGCAGCAGAGCAGAAAUGAGGAAGAGGCGGCAGAGAAGAUUGUGGAUCUCUGCAUGGUUAAUGCCAACAUUGGUGGUGAGUUCAAUGAGAAGGAUGGUCAUGGAAAAGUGGUUAAACAAGCCACCAAGAUGCGUGAGGUAUGGCUUCUUCUUCUUCUUGUUUCUAAGACAUGGAUCCUGUUUUUGUGGCAUUUUAAGUGGUUUCAGUUUUUGACAUUAUGGUUCAGUUUCGGUUUUGCUUGCUUGAAUCAUUGAGUAGAUAACAGGGAGACAUUCAACUAAGUUGGUGGACCGUACCUAUAACUAAGUACAAGUUAUAUGACAGUCUAUUCUAGUAUUCUUGGUUGUUGGACCUAGCCUAAUUAGGAAUAUUUGAAUGAGUUUUAAUGUUUUAUAAAUAAUUUUCACUAUGUGAUUAGUGCUCUGAUCCUUGACACAGAUUAGUUUCUAAGUUUAGAAAGUCUUUAAGAACACCAUGUGAUUUUGAUGAAA